UAUUUUAAUUGGUGGUAAAUUAUUUUGUAAAACAUGUCUUUUAUAAAUCAGGUCGGCAUUUGUCCCUCGGUCCAAGAACUUAUAAUGUUAGAGACUUCAGUGACUUCACUACAGCUCUGGAUGAAUUUUCGAGAUGCAUGGAUCACCAAACCAAAGCUAUUAAAGGCUGGCAACACUUUGCCGACUCUCUGAAUGUUCCUGCCGAUGUAAUACAUGUAUGCAGUCUGUGUAUGGAAUCUUCCAGUGCGACAAUAAAGUUGUKUAAAUACCUGGAGACAACUAAGCCUCAUAUGACUAUUGGCGAUCUUUGCACUGUCUUAACAAGAAAUCCGGAGAGAGCUCGGCAUGACUUGGACAAAAUGCUUAAAGAUUCAGACUUAAGCAAUGAAUGUAAGGUGUCAGAAGCUAUCACCAAUUCCACAUCCAACAUCAUGGAUAAGAUUGCAUCUAAGCUUGAUUCGGCUUCACCAUCAAUAUGUACGUGGUUGGACGUUGGUCUUGAGAUUGGAAUACCCCGUGACAUAUUACAGCAAAUGGAAAAGGACCCUACCUGCAAUCCAACUGAAAAGUUGUUUAGAUGUCUUUAUACAACCGGUGCACGAAGUGUCAAAGCAAGUGUAGUAAUUGAUUACCUGACGCAGAUGAAUAGGUGGGAUAUUCUUGAAGAACUCAAAGAAAUAUCACAAUCAUUAGAAUUUGAUUCCAAAGAUGCUAAAGACAUUUUCAAACUUGACUCAAAAGUUCUUGAUAGAAUGUCCAGGAGGUUAAAUAAAGAUUCUCCAGGUGUGGAAGGCUGGAAGGGGCUUGCAAGUCGUUUUCUAUCUGACCAGUACAUGGAUGAUCCAGAUAUCAUUUCCAAGCUGGAGCCACCACAUCAGCAUGAAAUCCAUAGCCCAACUAAGAAAGUCAUAGAAUGGCUUACUGCAAACAAGCCAGAAGUCACUGUUAAUGAGCUAAUUCAAAAAUGUAGAGAAAUUGGUCGUAAUGAUGCUGCGAAAAUCCUGAGUAAGCACUAUAAUGUUGAACCUUCUUGUGAURAGCCAGGAAGCCCAAAAUCUCCUUCUCCGGUACAAGAAACAACUACAGCAAAAGAUAACAUUCAUAUGGAUAGUUCGAAAAGCUUUGGUUUACCCUGUAAGCCAACCACAAAAAUGAUUGGGCGCGCARAUAAACAGAAAGAAUUGGUUGAUGAGAUUUUAAGUGGGAAUCAUCGCUUGAUUGUACUCCAUGCUGCCACAGGAUACGGGAAGGAAAGACUAGCAGUUGAAACAGCCUAUCAACUCAUAAAAAUAGAACAUGAUUACGCAUGCAUUUAUGUGUCUUCUGAUGAUAUCUUAACCGUCGAAGACCUCGCUAUCAAGAUCUUGAMAACUUGUGGAAUUCCAGCUCCAUCAUUUGGCGAAAGAGAAAAAGUACAGGAGCUAUUCAAAGUUGUCAAGAGAAAAUGCCUUCUUAUUUUGGAUAACUUYGAUCACUCCUUCCAUGCUGACGAUAYGAGAAAUGACAGUAUGGACAGCAGCACAAGUACCACAGAGAAGCCCAGCACUCCUGGAAAAUCAACCACCGGCCCACUUAUGACUUACGAGAGUGGCAUUGUUCCAUUCGGCAAGAAUCACGGCUGUGCAGCUUGUCGUGAGAGUGAUCCAACUUACAGAAAUCCAAAACAUUUUCCCUGGAAAAAUACUACCAGAAAGGAGGAAUUACAAAAGUUUAUCGAAGAUGUGUUGAGAUUUACCUCAAACUUGACAAUUCUUGCUACAACCUGGGAGUWUYUCUCUGCYASCGUUCUCACCAAAGAUAUCCAAUUGCUGCCACUGACAUGGUCCGAUUCAAAAGAGCUUUUUUUAAAUAUGUGUGAGUCAGAAGUACACGGAAUCGAAAGAUCCAGUAUCCCAAGUGGUCUUUUAAACUCCAUCCUAGAAUGCUGUUGCGGUAUACCGCAACUUCUUCUUAACGCAGUGGUCAUUGUCAAAAGAGUUGGAAUUGAAACAUGUGCAGAUCAUCUUGCUUCUAGUACACCUGAGCAACAACUUAAGAUGUUGUGUAAGAGUAGACUGAGUCCAAAUGAACGUUUUUAUCGCUGCCUUGACAUUUGCUUUGAUCGCCUUGACAGCAUUUCACAAAAUGUUCUUAUGAUGAUUUCAGUGUUCCCUGCAGGAUUCUUCACACUUGACAAGGCUGCAUCGAUAUUCAAAAAGGAAGUUAAGGGAGGGUUGAUUGAUUUGAUGAACUUCAGCUUCCUGUCAUAUAACCAAGAGMGAAAGGCGUACUACUUGAGCCCUGCCAUGAGAUCGUUUGCAAUCUAUAAAGCAACACACGAACCACCGACCUCUUCUGGARCUGACUCCACCGAUUUUGACGCUACGUACAAGGCUGCGAUCACACAGUUUGUGUGUUACACAUUUGACUGCACCUUAAAGAUUGAAAAUGAUUUCUUCAGCACUUGCAGUGCAGAUGCCAUCCGUAAAUUCAGAGAACAAGAGGCAAAUCUAAGAGAAAUAGCAAAUUGGUUCAUGUCUGAUAGAUUCCCCAAAGAUCCUGAAAUGAAGAACCUCAAGUGCUACAUCAUUGAAUCGUUCAUGGAAUGUUACUUGAUCAACAUCAAGGUCAUGGAAAGAAGUUUAUUGAAAACCAUCCUGCGUACGAUUCUAAGGUUUUGUCGAGAUGAAGAAGGCAUAGAUUCAAAGAAAAAAGAAACAAAGAAGCAAUACGUCGAAUGUCUAACCUAUGGCGGGGUUACAUGCAUUUURGGUUGUCUCUGUGUGCCCCAAUUAUGUCCAAUUGCUCUGGAUCAAGCAAAGUGGUGCUUUGAUGAAGUUCUGAAGGSAUUAUGCAGCAACGCUAAGACGAUUUCUAGUUAUAAGAAACAGCUARAACUUGUGUCUAAUUGCAAGAUCAUGWCCAAGGGAKCCCAAACUCAAUUCCUUCUMAAGUAUGGCAAGUGUUUGGUUCGUCUAGGACUUAAGGAUGAAGGAUUGGAAUUCGUCGAAAACGGGAUURAAAUACGCGAGAAAGUGUUCAAGAAAUCAAAAUUCACGAAAGAUCGCGUUAUGGUGGCGGUGGGUUACAACGAUCUUGCAAGUGCCUACAGUUACAACAAUGAUUCGAAUGAAAAAGCCAUUCAAAUAAGAAUAACCAAAGUCCUACCGAUUUAUGUAGAGCAUCUUGGCUGUCAUCCCUUCACAGCCAGUGCGCUCAGCCAUUUGGGCCAUGACUACCUUGUACUCGGUUCGUACGAAAAGGCCCUCGAGGCAUGCAAAAAGGCUCUGUCACACAGAAGACGAUUGUUGGGCGAACAUUCUGAAACUGCUCGCUCUCUAUUUGAUAUGGGCCGUAUCUUACGAGAACAAGCGCAAGCGGGUCAARCUGAUCCUGCCGACAAGAAGUCAAAACUURAAGAAGCGCUUUCUUACUUGUUUGAAGCACUUAAAAUGCACCAAGAUCUUGCAUUCACACCUAAAGAAACGGCAAAGAAUCACGUGGAAAUAGCUCGCGUGUUGAAAUCCUUAGGGCRAGAAAAGGAGGCAAAAGAGCACGAGGAAAAAGCAGGAGAUUGGUAUAUGAAGGUAGACCGUUCUCACAUGGGUGAGCCCAUGGAUACGUCAACAAUUUAAGUCAUUUCGUCCACUGCACAUACUAUUCUUCAAAGCACUUUCAGGGUGACAUUGUGAAAGGUUACCGUACCUGUGCCAUCAUAGUUAAUACUAUUCUUGGGUUGCAACCCCCGCAGUGAAAAUUUAUCAUUCGUUAUUAUUCGUUAUUUUCAAAAACCAAUUAGCAAGUCACAAAGAGCAUACUCAGAUUAUCUAGAAUACGAGCUUUUAGUCCUGUAGCUUACUUUUCGAUGAAGAUAUAAGCGAAUAAAGAUUUGAAAAAUUUGGUUAAUAUGUAUGGGGACGCCAUCUUGGAUGAUAACUUUUAUCAUCCAAGAUGGCGUCUGAUUUCAAAUUAACUAAAACUGGUUUCCUUUGUAAAUUUUGGUCAAUUAUGAGUUUAUUUCAAAGAAAAAUUACCUUAAGUAAGUUCUUACGGAGUUGAAAGAAUGACAAGCGACAAGCUUUAUUCACUUCCUUCAGGAUAGUUUAGCUAGUGGUAUUGGGUCAGCACAGCGGUAACUUGAACUGAGAAAACUAUAUAUUACUAAACCAACUGUCGACAGAAAUACACCUAUACUUCCUUUCACUUUGUAUUUAUAAUUCUGUCACAGUUGUUUUUAAAAUCGUAGAUAUCGUUUGAUAUCGCAGUACGAUGCACACACUUCUGUGAUUAUGUUAUUUCGAUUUUUAUGUUAUUUCGAUUUUGAAUUUGCCAAUUUUUCUGAGCCUACUCGUCGCUGAAUUUAUGCGACUUGACAUUCACAUAUUUUAUUCACUUUUUUAUAGCUUUUCAACACAUUUACAUUAUUUUUAGAAAAAGCAUUAAAUUUGGUAAUGUUUUGUCUCGCUUAAAUUCGAAGGCCAGGUUACUUUUCAAGACGGCGCAGGGAACCAUGGGAGAGACUGUUUAGGCGUAGUUGAUAAAACUAAAUCCAUUCGUAGAAUAGAAUAAUGACGUGAAAUCGUUAAAGYRUCUUUAUUAAAUAAGCUAACAAACCAAUUUGGCUUCAAUCAGUUGAAUUUAAAUAUAGUAUUAAGAUUAUACACGCCUCUGUAAAGAGGGAUUUUUUCAAUUUUUUA